CACUCACUUCAACCUCACUCAAACAUGACCACAUGCGGACAAAAUGAACGAUCUCCAAGCGCAAGGUCGCGCGUGCUACAAACGAGGAGAUUAUAAGCAAGCACUGGCGCAUUUCGAUCGUGCCAUUGGACGUGCAGCUUCCGUGCAGCUGCUCGACAACCGUUCUGCCUGCCUUGAGAAGCUAGGCGAUCUUCCGAACGCCCUCAAAGACGCCAAGACAGCCAUCCAGACUCACCGCGAAGAUCCCACGGGCUACUUGCGCGCCGGAAGGAUCUUGGUCAAAAUGGCCAAAGAGCCGGUGGCGCUGGAGAUUUAUUCGCAUGGAUUGCGUUCGGUGAAGCAUGUCGGGCAAGGCUACGAGAUAUUGCGGAAUACGCACAAAGAAUUGUUGGACAAGCUCUCACCGCCACGAAGUCUGGAUCCAAUGUCGGUUUUUCCGCGUGAGAUUGCCGAGAUCAUCCUGAAACAGCUCUCCUUCAAGCAAAACAUGGCCGCUUGUCUCGUCUCGAAGCCGUGGUGCCUGUUCAUAAGGUCGUGUCCGGAUCUUUGGCGCCAUCUUGAUCUGUCGCAAGCCAGGAGAAAGGUCCGAAGCGCCUUCAUCAGCCGUGCGAUCAACAUCGGCCGGGAUAAGCUGACAACGGCCACUCUGCACAAUCUCUGGGAUUUCGACAAGGCUCUGCGUGCGCUUGUCUUGCACACCCCCCUCACCACUCUUAGUCUUUUGGAGAACGGCCUGCUGGGCGAUAAUCUCACAAAAUUGCUGACGCCGGCAAAACGUUUGACAUCGCUGAGCCUCGCGUCCAAAAUGGCGUUUCCCGCCGAUGAAAUCCAGCAUCUGCUCCACCCCCUGGCCGCCCACCUCGAGUCCCUCGAAUGUCAUCUCAAUGAGAUCCUACCGUUGGCCAAGAUGACGGACACCCUUGAGUCCCUACAGACCUUAAAAAUGACGUUUGACUCCUGUCAGCAUCUCCAGCACUUUUUCCGUAGCGAGGUCCACGAGCGACUGCCCAACUUGCGGUCAUUGACGGUCCAUGGCAGGGAGAGCGGCCGGAGCGUCCACACGGGCAGAAUUGCUCUCGAUGCGUGCACGAACCUCACUUAUCUGGACAUAUCUUUGCCAACGAUAUCCCUUAGAGACCUCCGGUUACCUGCGACGCUGCAGAGCUUGCGGCUGGCGGCCACUGGGAUCGCCUCGACCUCCUGGCCCGCGCCGCUGCCGCCGCCCACAUUCCCAAUGUCCGAGCUGGAAGAAUUGAACUUGGAGAUAGGGCACAUGGGCCUCAGGGGCGCCCUAAGAUUUCUCGAUCACACCACGGACGGAAUUCGACACCUGCGCAAACUCGCGGUUCGCGGUGCCGAGUUCCACAGCAUGCACUUCGAUGGGCUCUUGGCACAUCCCCAUCUUGCGAACCUCCAACAUCUACAUCUACCAGGGCUGAUUGAUUGCCGCGACGAAGAUGCCGUCAAGAUCAUCAACGCCAUGCCUCGACUGCUCUCACUUGACCUUUCGGAGACGAAGAUUACUGGGGUCAGCGUUCGACAUGCAAUCAAGCAGCAAAAUCUGCAGCACUUGGCAGUGAACAACUGCAGCGAAAUCGGCAUCGAUGCCAUCGCAUGGGCACGCGAGCAAGGCGUCGAAGUACAACAUCGCAUGUCGAAUGGAGAAAAGGGCAGGAAAGUCCGAUAUUGACAAUAGAAGCGAAGCGACAAGCAUCUAUUGC